AUGAAGAAAACAGCGUCUGGACUCGCUUACUGCGACAAUGGAGUGGAGUCAGAGUAUCUUAUCGUGCUGGUGGGGGGACUGGGCGACACUGCAGACGGCUUCUACUCUGGGGAGAUGAUGGAUCGCGGCGCUUCUAUGGGCGUCCGGGUGUUUUCGCUUGGGCUUAGGUCUAUGCCCAACUACGGACUGCACAGCAUACACGAUGACGUUCACGACGUGUCUGUCAUGUACACAGAGCUGGGCAUGCAGGCGUAUGCGGGCGUGUGGUUCAUCGGGCACUCAACAGGCUGCCAGGUGCUUAUGCUGUACGCGCAAGCGCACAAGCCCAGAAAAAGCGAAGUCUUCAUCCUGCAAGCCCCCGUGAGCGACAGAGAGUAUGAGGAAAGCGUAAACCCCGAGAUAAAAAGCGUUGUUGAAGCAGCCGAGAGGCUAAUUGAAAGCGCGGAGGAGACAGAUAGUGUAUUUUUAAUGUAUAAAAACAGCCAAAUACGCGCAGACAGAAUUAUAAGUCUCUUUAAGCCGGGCGGAGACGAAGACUUUUUUUCUACAGACCAAAAAAUUGAGUGCUUCAACCGGUUCAACGCGGAUAUGUACUGCAUACUCAGCGCGUUCGACGAGUAUGCUGUCAAACCAGUGGAGGAAAUUGCGAGGCAUUUUCGAAAAGUGCCGGGCAUGAAGAAGGUGUGCGUGAUUGAAAGCGACCACAGCCUUACAUAUGGAAGGGAGCGCUUCUUUGAAGCUCUUGAGCAAAUAGUUUCACUCAAAAAGACAGAAUGA